AUGGGCAUGAGGAAGUUCGCCAUAUUUCUCUUGGUCCUCUCUCUUUGUGUCGACGGAGGAUCUGCCAAAGAAAAAGGAACAAAGAAGGGGAAGAAGAAAGGGAAGCAGGUUUACUGUCCAUCACAGCUGUCAUCUGAGGAUCUGGCUCGAGUCCCUGCCAAUUCAACCAGCAACAUCUUGAACAGGUUACUGAUCACCUAUGAUCCCAGAAUAAGGCCCAACUUCAAAGGAAUUCCUGUGGAGGACAGAGUGAACAUUUUCAUCAACAGCUUUGGCUCGAUCCAAGAAACGACCAUGGAUUACAGAGUCAACAUCUUCCUGCGGCAGCGCUGGAACGACCCCAGGCUGAAGCUGCCACAAGACUUCAAGUCUGAUUCCCUCACUGUUGAUCCCAAGAUGUUCAAAUGUCUCUGGAAACCCGACCUGUUCUUCGCUAACGAGAAGAGCGCUAACUUUCACGACGUUACUCAGGAAAACAUUCUCCUCUUCAUCUUCCGGAACGGAGAUGUCCUCAUCAGCAUGAGGUUGUCCGUCACUCUCUCCUGUCCACUUGAUCUGACCUUGUUCCCCAUGGACACACAGAGAUGUAAAAUGCAACUCGAAAGCUUUGGGUAUACGACAGACGACCUGCAGUUCAUGUGGCAGACAGGAGAUCCUGUGCAGAUGGAUGCUAUCGCUCUGCCACAGUUUGAUAUCAGACAGGAAGAUAUUGAUUAUGGAAACUGCACCAAAUACUACGCAGGAACAGGGUACUACACUUGUGUGGAGGUUAUCUUCACCCUAAGGCGACAAGUUGGCUUCUACAUGAUGGGUGUUUACGCCCCCACGCUGCUCAUCGUUGUCCUCUCCUGGCUGUCCUUCUGGAUCAACCCUGAUGCGAGUGCCGCCAGGGUGCCUUUGGGCAUCCUCUCGGUGCUCUCUCUGUCUUCCGAGUGCACCUCCUUGGCGUCGGAGCUGCCAAAAGUGUCCUACGUCAAGGCCAUCGACAUCUGGCUCAUUGCUUGCCUGCUGUUUGGUUUCGCCUCGCUGGUGGAGUACGCUGUGGUUCAAGUGAUGCUCAACAGCCCAAAGCGCAUAGAGGCAGAGAAGGCCAAGAUGGCAUCUAAGGAGAAAGCUGCGGGAAAGAGCCCCGCCGCCAAGAACAACACGGUCAACGGGACCGGAGGGACGCCGCUUCAUGUCAGCACCUUGCAUGUGGCCGAGACCCGCUGCAAGAAGGUGUGCACUUCUAAGUCGGACCUGCGGACCAAUGACUUCAGCAUUGUGGGCUCGCUCCCACGGGACUUUGAACUGUCAAACUUUGACUGCUAUGGGAAGCCCAUCGACACUGGCUCGGGUCAUGGCAAAUCCCAGGCUAAGAACAACAAGAAACCUCCUCCUCCCAAACCAGUCAUCCCCUCUGCUGCCAAAAGAGUUGACCUUUACGCCAGAGCCCUGUUCCCUUUCUCCUUCCUCUUCUUUAAUGUGAUUUACUGGUCCAUAUACUUGUGA